AUGGCAUGUAAAAAAUUAUUUUCCGGGGUUUUACCGGAAAUAACAAAUUAUAUCAUACAAUUUUUACGUGAUCAUUUAAGGUCACUUUAUUCAUGCGUAUUAGUCAAUAGGCAUUUAUGUUGGAUUACAAUUCCCAUACUUUGGGAAGAUCCUUUUUACAUUAUGAGGAAUAGUAAAUUUCUGACUACUUAUUUAUUAUUUCUUAAUGAUGAGGAUAAAGCAAGGUUAAAAGGAUUAAUUUUUCCAUCAUCAUUUAAAAAACCUUUAUUUAAUUACCCCAGCUUUAUUAAAACUUUAAAUCAACUCCGAAUGCAAGAGCAUGUAACAGAAUUUAUUGAAAAUUUAAUUGAUACCAACCCUUUAACAACAGAUUUUGCGAUAAGUCUAUUUCAUAAUGAACCUGCAAAGCUACUCGUUCUAUUAAGCACUAUUUGUGAAUUAUUAUUUAAAUUAUUUAUAAGUAAUGACAUUUCUUUAAAUAGUUUAUAUAUAAAAAUUUGUCAUAGCCAACAUGCUCUUAAUGUUAUGAUUUUCAAUGAAAUAUGCAAGAAACCUAAAUUUCUAUCAGACAUCAAAUAUUUUACAUUAGAUUUUGAUAGGAGUAAAGUUAUCCCUCAUUUACCGAUACCUUCCUUCGAGGACUCCCCAUCAGCGAUAACUUCAAACAAGCAUUUUACAAUUUAUUUUAUAGCUUACUUAAUGAGUGCUUUGAAGUAUUGUUCUAAUACUUUAACAUCAAUCAAGUUUAUUUUGUGUAAUUUUAACGACUUGCCAUCAUUGAAUGGACUUAACUACCUUGUACACCUUGAAUCACUUCAAUUCAAACAAUGCAAAGGGAUAACAGUUCAGGUUUUUCGACCCUUACUUGACAUUUCUACUCCACUAAAAAUCAAAACUUUAACACUAGAUGGUUUAAGUAUGGAAAUUACUUUUAUUCAAUCAUUGUUUCAAAAAAUCGGUUCUUUUCUGGAAAAUUUGGAAAUAAAACUUGUGAUUGAAAGAAAAAUCAUUUAUGAAAGUAUUAUCAAUCAUUGUAAUAAAGUUCAAUUUCUCCAUAUAUCUGAGAUUGAACAUGUGGACAUAGUUCAGUUGUUUAAAUUAAUCACUCACGUUCGCAAACAUCUCAAAUAUCUUUCGCUUCAAAUUCAGAAUCAUCGUCAACCUUGUCUUAUUGAGUCGGACUAUGACGAUCAACAACUAAGAGUUAGUUCCAUGAUCUUGACAAAUUUGGGUCAAAUCUUACCAGAUACUUUGAAAUAUUUAGAAUUAAACCUUGAAAUUGAUCCAAUCAACUUGAAAAUCUUUUUGGAUAAUUGCAAACACAUUGUUGGUUUGAACAGUCUACUGGUUAUUAAUAAAUCCCAAAAUGAUAUUAUUUUUGAUGUUUUAAAAGAAUUUGUAAGGGAGAAAAAGGUAACGAAUUUUGCAUAUAAUGUUAGUGCUUUGUUUUCAACUCAUGAUUAUUAUGGACGUCAGUAUUUAGACAAUGAAAUACAUCCUUUUGUAAAGCCUUAUAGUGAAUUGAUUAAAAGAAUUUCGAAUAAUAAUGAUUAUUUUGAGAUUUGA